GCAGAAGCUAAAAGCUGGUGCAGAAGCUGUAGCUAGUACUUUGUUGUAGGUUCAGUUCAGAUAUCAGCAUCAGAGAGAGUGUUCGAUUGCCUACUGAGAUUGAGAGUUGCUCUAAUGAAGCUGAUUUUUGUGAUUUGUUUAGCUUAAAAUUUUCGUUACCGGUACUUUCUUUUAUUGCAAAUCUUGUGUUUCGGCUGAUUUUUGUUUAGGUUUGCUUCCAUGCCAGUUCAAAUGCUCGUUUCUUUGUGAAAUUGAUGAACAUGGAUUCACAACCCCUCAAUCAGGACAAAGAAUUAGAAGAUAUUAAUGUGUCUAUAAUAACGUCAGAUUCCGAGACCUUAUACUUGGAAGAUGAUAACAACUCCUAUGUUAGUGAUUUACAGGGAGAAGAAAGAAUUGUUUCACCAAAAACAGAACUCGAUAGGACAAAUUUUACAGUUGAUCCUGCAUUAUACUUCAGAAACAAUGAUGAACUUAUAGAUGUUUUAAAAGCUGAGCAAAUUAGGUGGUUUUAUAAAAAUUUAUCAAAUAAACAGUGGGUAGAGUUCAACGGUUAUGAUUCCUUAAGGAUUGAACAUAGAUACAAAAAUCUAACUGACAAGGAGUGGGCAUACUACAAUACAACUUAUAGAUCAAGAAAACCACAAGAUAAAAAUACAAACUGUAGCCCUACAUAUGAACCUUUAAAAAGCCCUCAAAGUAUUAACCAAACAGUGAGACCUAGUGAUGAAACCACUCCUGAGGAGUGCAUUUCACCAUGCGGUGAAAUAAAUGAAAAGGUGGUGGUAAGAGAUGGUCUCUUCGAAGUUGACAUUCUGAAACGAAACUGCACUUCCAUCUUCUGGCCAGGUGAAGAAACUGUCAUCACCCGUGGAACGUGGUUCUAUGAAAAUACCUGGCAGCCAGUGGAGUUGGACAUUAGUGAAGAUCUGGAACACAUUCAUUUAUCUCUAUUCAUUGGAAAAAGAAACUCUGAAUAUAUCCAAGAUGCUAAAGCUCCUAAAAAAGUGAUUCACACAGCAGUACUGUCGGAUAACCACAUAGACUGGUACGCUCCCAACGAGGUCUACUUGUACAGUCAAGCCACGCCUUCCAAGAUCGUGCGCAACCUAACGUCUCGGCUCGGCGGAUACUUCCAAAAAAAGUCUGGGUAUCGACUGCUGAGAGGUUACAAAGAUGCGGCCACAGACAAGGAUAAACCCAAGGACAUCUCACACCUGGUGUUUGUGGUGCAUGGUAUAGGCCAGAAGAUGGACAUUGGCGGACGAAUAUUGCACAACACGUCGUUGAUACGACAGAAUGUAACCUCUUUGCAUGAGAAGCUGUACCCAAACUCUAACCAACGAGCAGAGUUCUUCCCAGUGGAAUGGCGAACCAAUCUCACAUUAGAUGGAGGGCUAGUGGAGGCUAUCACCCCACUUCAUCUCACACAGCUGCGCAACCUCCUCAACACUUCAGCUAUGGACAUCAUGUACUACACAAGCCCUAUCUAUUGUGCAGAGAUACAAAAAGGUUUGAUCACAGAGCUCAACCGUCUUUACACCAUGUUUGUGGAGAGGAAUCCUUCACUCAAUGUCAAAGUGUCCGUGGUUGCUCACUCCUUGGGUUGUGUCAUUGUUUAUGACAUCAUCACCGGUUGGUUGCCUAUGAGUCCACCAAACAUAGUAUAUGACAAAGUACCUGAAGGAAUAGUUCCUGGAAAAUCGAGAUUAAAAUUUCACGUGGACAACCUAUUUAUGCUAGGAUCACCUCUGGCUGUAUUCCUAGCACUGAGGUAUCCACAAGGUCAACACGGCUACCACCUGUUCCCUCCCACACUGUGUAACAGACUCUACAAUGUGUUCCAUAUCUCUGAUGCUGUGGCCUACAGGCUAGAGCCGCUGGUGGUCAAAGACUACUCUAGAAUUGCACCGCUGCGGAUCUGGCCGUGUAACUCUCCACACCGGAUACCAUAUAGCGAUAUGCCGCUGGAGCUUAUCGACCCUCACGAGAUAGGCAUGACCAAGGAGAGGGAAGGCAAUGGUAGCAUGCCAGCAACAACCAACACCACACCCAAGGAGGACAGCUCCCCAGCAGAGACACCUAUCAGAGAUCGCGGCUGGAGUAUCUGGAACCUGGUGAGGGGAGGAGCCAACAGAAGUGCUGAUGGGGCCGCAUCACCUCAGCCGAUGGACUCUCCUACACGAGCUGAUUCAAAAGUAACUCCCGCUGAAGCAUUUUGUUUAAGGCUUCUUAUGAAAUUGAACUCUUUCCCCCAGACUGCUGGUUGUCUGGAGCAUCGGCUAGACUAUGUUAUAAAGGUGUCUGGCUCGCUGGGCGUGAGUGCACGCACAUACAUCAACAUGUUGAGCUCUCACACCGCUUACUGGGGCAGCGAGGACGUUGCGUUCUUUGUGCUCACACGACUCUUCCCAGAACUGGACGAAACUGUAGAUACGACAGCCGAGCUUUGCACAGAGAGUGAGGAGUCGUAGCGGACUGUACAUGCCGCUUUGCUAAGCAGUCAUCGAUCAGUGACCAAACUUAGCUGACUUUUGUAUGCGGAUCUUGAUGUGACUGAACAAGAGAGAUUAUGGAACCGGAACCUACAGGGGAUUAUCAAGGGCUAUGGUCAGCUCUGGAAGUCGUGAGUUUCCUCAAAUUCAACCACUGUCUCGAUGCAAACUGAUGGAACACUCACUGCCUAUCCGUAUCUACAAAUAUCUACUAUGUGGCUUCUGUGCGAUCCCCAAGCCACUAAAGUACAUUCUCUACAUCAAACCACGUUUCUGUAUACACAUCUGUCAACUGGUAACAGUAAUCAUCAGAUAUUGAAAUUUUUGAAUAUUUUGAUUGGGCGAAUCAUCCGGUUGGGAACCAUCCAGAAUAGUAAUGGGUGAAGUAAGGAACACAGCAUUGGUCUCAGAUUUGAUAUAGCUUUGCUUACUUACAGCAGGAGCUUACAUACCUUAAUUUAUGGACAACCAUCGUAUAAUUGUAAUGUCUUCAUUUGAUUUAUUAUAUGAAUUGAUAUGUUCGAUAAUAUUAUCAUUUUUAGAAAUGAACUUAAUGUAGUGUUUAACACUACCUAUCCUAACACAUUAAAACCUGACCAAACUACAAGAAACAUUGUGAUCUUUUCAACUUGCGUAUCUUGUAUAAUAUCACAGUCCUUUAUCAUGGACCAACUAAAAAUUUAUGUAGAAAAGUGUCAGUCUUUAGUUAAGUCAUAAAUCUUGUGGUUGCUACCCCGAUGUUUUAGGAUUUUGAUUGUAUAUAAUGUAUCUAACAUGUUACAUAGUGAGAUUGUUUGUGGGUCCAGUCGUCCAAAUCUGUGAUAUUUGCCAAAUGUUAACUUGUACCUACCAUUCCAUGUUUUUAUCAUGUAUUUUAUACCACUGUACACUGUUCGAUGCAAUUGUAUGUUGAAAAUAAAAUGCU